AUGUCAGACAAGAUAACACUCAUGGAACAUAAGCUAGCCAAUCUGGAAGAUCGAUCGAGGAGUAACAAUCUCCGGCUGAGAGGAGUGCCAGAGUCGGUGACACAAGCAGAACUACCAGCCUAUGUCAGAGGCCUGCUUCGGGCCUAUGGCCUAGUGGUACCACCUGAUAUGCUCCAAGUAGGUCGAGCACACCGGGUCCCACGUCCACGCCACUUACCUGACACUACACCAAGAGACGUGCUCAUCCGCAUACAUUAUUUUCACAUUAAAGAGCACAUCCUCCAUGAAAGCAGAAAUAAAAGCAAGCCACAUGAAGACUUCCCCACAGUCCAUCUGUUCACCGACCUGUCCGCAGCCACACUCUGA